UGUCCCUGGCAAAGUCGGUUUUGCGCAGUGGCUUAGAUCUGGAGGAGUCGUGACGUGCAGGAAACCAUUACAACACACUCGGGCCGUGCUCUCUGCCUGCUGCCGCCACCCCCGCCCUUGCCUCCGGUGCACAUUAAAGAUCCAAAACCAUGACUGACUCCAAGUACUUCACAACCAAUAAAAAAGGAGAAAUCUUUGAAUUAAAAGCUGAACUCAACAAUGAAAAGAAGGAAAAGAGAAAGGAGGCUGUGAAAAAAGUGAUUGCUGCUAUGACUGUCGGGAAGGAUGUCAGCUCUCUCUUCCCAGAUGUUGUGAAUUGUAUGCAGACUGACAACUUGGAACUAAAGAAGCUAGUGUAUCUCUACUUGAUGAACUAUGCCAAGAGUCAGCCAGACAUGGCCAUCAUGGCUGUCAACAGCUUUGUGAAGGACUGUGAAGAUCCCAAUCCUCUGAUUCGAGCCUUGGCAGUCAGAACCAUGGGGUGCAUUCGGGUGGACAAGAUCACAGAAUAUCUCUGUGAGCCUCUCCGCAAGUGCUUGAAGGAUGAAGACCCUUAUGUUCGGAAAACAGCAGCAGUCUGUGUGGCAAAACUCCAUGAUAUCAAUGCCCAAAUGGUGGAAGAUCAGGGAUUUCUGGAUUCUCUGCGGGAUCUUAUAGCAGAUUCAAAUCCAAUGGUGGUCGCUAAUGCUGUAGCAGCAUUAUCUGAAAUUAGCGAGUCUCACCCAAACAGCAACUUACUUGAUCUGAACCCACAGAAUAUUAAUAAACUGCUGACAGCCCUGAAUGAGUGUACUGAAUGGGGCCAGAUUUUCAUCCUGGAUUGCCUGUCUAAUUACAAUCCUAAAGAUGAUCGGGAGGCUCAGAGCAUUUGUGAGCGGGUAACUCCCCGGCUAUCUCAUGCCAACUCAGCAGUGGUGCUUUCAGCAGUAAAAGUUCUUAUGAAAUUUCUAGAGUUGUUACCCAAGGACUCUGACUACUACAAUAUGCUGCUGAAGAAGUUGGCCCCUCCACUUGUCACUUUGCUGUCUGGGGAGCCAGAGGUGCAAUACGUUGCCCUGAGGAACAUCAACCUAAUUGUCCAGAAAAGGCCUGAAAUCUUGAAACAGGAAAUCAAAGUCUUCUUUGUGAAGUACAAUGAUCCCAUAUAUGUUAAAUUAGAGAAGCUGGACAUCAUGAUUCGCUUGGCAUCGCAGGCCAACAUUGCUCAGGUUCUGGCAGAACUGAAGGAAUAUGCCACAGAGGUGGAUGUCGACUUUGUCCGCAAAGCCGUGAGGGCCAUUGGACGGUGUGCCAUCAAGGUGGAGCAAUCUGCAGAACGUUGUGUAAGCACAUUGCUUGAUCUCAUCCAGACCAAAGUAAAUUAUGUGGUCCAAGAGGCAAUUGUUGUCAUCAGGGACAUCUUCCGGAAAUACCCCAACAAGUAUGAAAGUAUCAUUGCCACCCUGUGUGAGAACUUAGAUUCGCUGGAUGAGCCAGAUGCUCGAGCUGCUAUGAUCUGGAUUGUGGGAGAAUAUGCUGAAAGAAUUGAUAAUGCAGAUGAGUUACUAGAGAGCUUCCUGGAGGGUUUUCAUGAUGAAAGCACCCAAGUGCAGCUAACUCUGCUUACUGCCAUAGUAAAGUUGUUUCUCAAGAAACCAUCAGAAACACAAGAACUGGUACAACAGGUUUUAAGUUUGGCAACACAGGAUUCUGAUAAUCCUGACCUGCGAGACCGGGGCUACAUUUAUUGGCGCCUCCUCUCAACGGACCCUGUCACAGCCAAAGAAGUAGUCUUGUCUGAGAAGCCACUGAUCUCUGAGGAGACUGAUCUUAUUGAACCAACUCUGCUGGAUGAACUAAUCUGCCACAUUGGUUCCUUGGCCUCGGUGUACCAUAAGCCUCCCAAUGCUUUUGUGGAAGGAAGUCAUGGGAUCCAUCGCAAACACUUGCCAAUACAUCAUGGAAGCACUGACGCGGGUGAUAGCCCUGUUGGCACCACCACUGCCACCAACCUGGAACAGCCUCAAGUUAUCCCCUCUCAAGGUGACCUUCUGGGAGACCUGUUAAACCUUGACCUUGGUCCUCCAGUCAAUGUGCCACAGGUAUCCUCUAUGCAAAUGGGAGCAGUUGAUCUCUUGGGAGGAGGACUGGAUAGUCUGCUUGGCAGUGACCUUGGCGGGGGCAUUGGAGGAAGCCCGGCAGUGGGACAGUCCUUCAUCCCAUCAUCAGUACCUGCAACCUUCGCUCCUUCACCUACCCCUGCUGUUGUCAGUAGUGGUCUGAAUGACCUAUUUGAACUCUCAACAGGGAUAGGCAUGGCACCCGGUGGAUACGUGGCUCCUAAGGCUGUAGAUAUCCGAGUGGAAUUGCAGAAUCAUAUGGUACAUCUACUCUUUGGCGUCAUCCCCAGCACUCCCUUGGCCAUCCACACGCCGCUGAUGCCAAACCAGAGCAUUGAUGUCUCCCUGCCUCUCAACACCUUGGGCCCUGUCAUGAAGAUGGAACCUCUGAAUAAUUUGCAGGUGGCUGUGAAAAACAAUAUUGAUGUCUUCUACUUCAGCUGCCUCAUCCCACUGAAUGUGCUUUUUGUAGAAGAUGGCAAAAUGGAGCGCCAGGUCUUUCUUGCAACAUGGAAAGAUAUUCCUAAUGAAAAUGAACUUCAGUUUCAGAUUAAGGAAUGCCAUUUAAAUGCUGACACAGUUUCCAGCAAGCUGCAAAACAACAAUGUUUAUACUAUUGCCAAGAGAAAUGUGGAAGGGCAGGACAUGCUGUACCAAUCCCUGAAGCUCACUAAUGGCAUUUGGAUUUUGGCCGAGCUACGCAUCCAGCCAGGAAACCCCAAUUAUACGUUGUCGCUGAAGUGUAGAGCUCCUGAAGUCUCUCAGUACAUCUAUCAGGUCUACGACAGCAUUUUGAAAAAUUAAUAGACUGGUCCAGUGCCCUCCGGCCACCCUGUGAUCGGUGCAAGCCAAGAACUCUAAAACUGGAAGAAAUUGCAUUGCCAUGUAGAAUCUGAACCCAGACACACUGAGGCCACCCACCAAGGUAGUGACUAGUCUAACCUGUGCUAACAUUAGGGCACAACCUGUUGGAUAGUUUUAGCUUCCUGUGAACAUUUGUAACCAUUGCUUCAAUCACUUCCCACCUCUUGCCACCUGCUGCUAUCUGUCCUUACUUGUGGGCUUCUCCAUACUGUGCCAACGCCUGGCAUUUUUGAGUGUAGUUUGAUAUUUUGUAAUCGAAAGCUCAUUUCAAAAGCAGAAAAAGACAAAAAAUAUUAAAGCAAGGAAAAGUGUCACCGAAACAUAAACUGCACUUUAUUGUUUUAUAUUUUUGUACAUAUGAGAAAUGGAGAGAGUUGUGUAACUGGUAGAUACGUUAAAACAACCGGCUCGUUAACCGCAUGGUCCUGGGGGGAAAGACAGGUACUUGGCCACCCUGUUGGGCUUCUCUUAAAUAGGACCACCUUGUCCUAUGUGGGUGCGUGGGUUUUUACUUUUUUCUCUCCAGGCCUUUCCUUGUGACUCCCCUUUCCCUGCCUCAUUUCACUGCUCUGCAGUGGGGAUUAUGGUCUUCAUUGAGUGAUGCUUCGUGGUGCAGGAAAAUAGGACUUGUCAGCACCAGAGCUGAGAGAAAUUGAAACUUGCAAAUCCUGUCCCCGUCUCACCCAUUCAUCCACUGACUAAGGAAUUGGAGUAGGCCUGGGGAAUAGGAACCAGAAUGCACUUCCCUUUGCUACUUCCAUGUAGUCAAUUUUCAGGCCCAAUUCACAUCUAAAACCAUCAUUUCAGAGUUGAAACAGGCUUUAGUAACUGUGCAAUCCUGUUUUUCUAAAAGAUAAAAGGCAAAAAGAAUUUACUGCCUGGGCCUAUUAGUUAACUGUUUAGUAGCCGAACUGGGGGACUGGGUCUCCUCCAGAUCCCCAUCUACGAAGUUUUCACUGCAAGAGGCUCAUUAAUUUUCUUUUCCUCAACACCUUUCUUCUGCCUUUUCUGCACCUGCUUCUUUGUGGUUUUCAGCAUACUCCAUUCUGCUCUGGCACUCUGUUUACUGGCCUCAGGCAGCAGCAGAGUGGCCUUCAAUUACUUGAAGGUAACUCUGGAUGCCGGAGUGAGAAGUAGCUAAUAUUGCCUCAUAUGCUCCUGGAGCUGCAUUUGCAGGCCAGCAGGGUGGGUACAGAGAUGAAAUGAGCUUAAAGAUGUCACACAUUCACUUUACCCCUUCAGCUCUCUGAUCUGCACUUUGCUCAUGUUACUUAGACUGCAAGGCAAUUGAGAUCUCCUCAGAGGGUCAAGCAGUUCUUGACUUCUCUCAAACUGGGAGAUGUCAAAACUCCCUCCUUUAAUACACUGGGUGUGACUUGUCAAAGAAUGCUUCAUGCCUAAACAUCAGCUAGUGUUCAUACUGCUUCAUCUGUGGGCACUUUUUGCAUUACCUGGCACCCAGUGUUCAGGGCUGUGACCAACACUGCUCUUCUUAGAUGCCCCUGCUCAGAGGCACUGCUGGGUCCAGAGCCUCAAGUUGGACUCAGACCUAAGAGUGAGUUCAAAAGAAGGAGUCAAUAGAAAACAAGAACAGAAACUAUUCCCCAGCCAUGUCAUGUUUGAAAUGACUUCUCAUUCAUACCAGUUGCAAAACUUGGAGGUGCAGGGGACCCCCAAAGCAGUCUCUUAAGCCUUGAGAAUCUUUCAGAGAAGGAUUUCUGGGGUAGGGGGAGGGAUUGUCCUAUGUUCACCAUCCUGCUGGUGGUGAAAUAGGAAAUAGCACAGGAAUAUGGGAAGUGGGUAGGUUGGCAGUAUGUGGGGUGGAAAAUCAGGUUGAUAAUUUUCCCUUGUUGGGAAAUCAUUCGUGGAGUCCUUUGGCUAUAAGCAGUGAAGAAGGUACAUACUACAUAUACAGCGUUCUCAUCUCAAACAAGUUGUAGUUCCAGGAGGAGCGUGUAUCAGGGCACGCAGACAACCCCGUUUUGUACCAGAAUAUGUCCCUCUACCCCUGAAACUAGGCUUCUCUCAAUCUUCGUCAGCAGUGAUGGUAACAGCUGCUGCCCUCAGCUGAUUUGACUGAGCCAGCCCAUGAACUCUUCUCUCCUUGGAGAGGCUGCCUCCCGUUGUACCCCUCAGCAUUAGGGAAGGAUUCUGUUUCCCAGAAGAGGAGCUCUCCUGAAGAGACAGAGAGCCUGUUGUCUCCACCACAACUUCCCUGUUGGCCCUUACCAGCAUGGCCGAAUUGGGGAAACUCAAGAGAUUGCCCUCGUGUUCCCCUCUCCUCUGCCCCAGUAUGUCUUUGUGCCGUCAGCUGGUGUCAUACAAAGGGCAGGGGAAGCACGCACACACCCAGAACUCUUGCUGGUCAGAGAUUCCCUGAGUGUCUGUCCUCACCCGAGCCUGUUCCGUGUGUCUGUGCUGUGAAGCAUCGGACUCUGGAGAGAAAUGGGGGGGAGGGGGGUAAGUGUCGCCCUAAGAAUACUUAUCAUUCUUUUGUUGUUGGGAUCUGUGUUCUUGGGGAGGGUGGUUGGGGGAAGCUUGACCUUGUGUCUUCGUCAAUAAAUUCUCAUUUACACAAA